AUGCUAACGUGGACAUGUACUGACUCAGGAAAAUCUGGUUGGUACUCGAAUUAUUAUCGUCAUCGUAACAAUUGUAGUUAUUGUAUACCAGAACUUGAAGAAGAAAAACAACAGCUUCAGGCUUUAGAUGAUAAACUAUGUCCUUGGUCUGAAUGGAGACGUACCAAUGCAUCUUGCGUGCAACAUACUGGACAUGAUAUCGAGCAAGUACAAGAAUUGUAUGCUAUAUGUGAACAACCGUUUAUAAAUUAUUGUUCCCAUAAGAACUACCGACUUACAAACAGUGCCACUACCUCGUAUUUUUCUCCUAUGAAUAUGCUUGUCGUUACACUAUGGCACUUAAAACAUUAUCAUUCUGAAUGUUAUAUUGCUUCAGAAUCGAAUUUAAGUCAACCAGCAGUGAAUUAUUUAUUAUCAACAGUUGCCGAUAUUUUACAUUCGUGUGUAUAUCCAGAAUUAGUUUCAAUACCUGCUAACGUAUCAAUCAGUAGAACACCACACGGACUUCAACAAUACCAUAAACUAAUAGUCGACUCGACUUUUAUUGCAAUUCCUGAACCUUAUGAUUCAGAACAACGUAAAGCGUAUUAUCAUGCGAAAAGAUCAACAAAUUAUGCAUUGAAAGUACAAAUAGCUUGUGACUUUCAUCAUCGAAUAGUACACGUAUCCGAAUGUUUUCGUGGGAGUGCACAUGAUAUUACAAUUCUAAGAGAAUCAGAACUAUUAGAACAUAAAAAGCCUCAUGGACGCGAAUUAACAGAUGAAGAUAAGAAUUGCAAUCAUGGCAUUAAUAGCGCAAGAGCAGCUAUUGAAAAUAUUAAUCAACGUCUUAAAGCUUAUGCAAUUCUUGGUGGUGUCUACAGAGGAACUAUUGAUGAUUUUCAUAAGGCAAUAAAAAUCGUACAAGUCGUUCGUGCUCUAUGUAAUUUGAACUUAAUAAAACAUCCUAUUCGUAGAUACACAAAAUGA